GAGAUAGAUACUCUAAGUCAAAAUACUUUAAGUCAAAUGUUUUUUUUUUUUACUCUAGAUAUUUAAGAAAUCUUAAAUUCUAUUUUAAAGGCUUUCUAAAUAAGUUAGCUACAAAUAUGAGAUCGAAAAUCGUUAAUAUUAGACCGAAUUCGUGAUGACAUUUCUCGCCCUGCCCCCUUGAGUGUAACUUUGUGUCGCGGCAAGAUGUGUGAAGGGAAUUCAAUUUUCAAAACAACAUGGCAACCGGUGGUCUUAGAGCGAAGGAUUCCGCAAAAGGCGUGAAUAUCAUUGCGGUGGAUGUGGGAACCACUCUCAUAACAUGCCAUCUUUUCGAUAAAACAGGUCUCUCCAAGUACAACACAAGUAGAAAGGUUCAGCUACUAUACCCCAAGCCAGGCUGGGUUGAGAUAGAACCAUAUCAGCUUUGGGAACAGUUCCAAGAUGUGCUUACCGAAGUCAUGGAAGCUGAAAACUUGGCUCCUGAACAAGUGACAGCUCUAGGAAUUUCCACACAAAGAGGGACGUUUAUGACUUGGGACAGAAAAACAGGGCGUCCUCAGCACAAUUUUAUUACUUGGCAGGAUCUAAGAGCGUCUGACCAUACAGAUAGUUGGAAUAAAUCGUUAACUUUAAAGGGACUUCAUGCUGGUUCCAAGUUUUUACACAUGGUUUCUAGACGCAAGCAAUAUUUAGCUGGAAGUGUGGUAAAUUUCUCAACAGCACAGGUGUCCAUGAGGCUUCACCACUUAUUUAAGAGUCACCCUGAACUUCACAAGAAAGCAGAGAAUGGCUCUCUGCUUUUUGGCACCAUUGACACUUGGUUGGUGUGGAAACUCACAAGAAACCGUUACCACAUCACAGACUACUCUAAUGCCAGCUCUACGGGACUCUUUGAUCCAUUUGUUAUGGAGUGGAGCUCCCUUCUUGGCAGCAUGUUUAGUAUUCCCCUGAAUAUAUUUCCAAAACUUGUAGACACAAGCGGGAUUAUAUGUGACACAGCAAAAGAUAUCUUUGGUGCUCCCAUACCGAUACGAUCACUGGUUGCGGAUCAGCAAGGUGCCAUGUUUGGGCAGUGCUGCUUUGAUGUUGGGGAUGUCAAGUGUACAAUGGGCACUGGGACAUUUGUUGAUGUGAACACCGGAAGUCAGCCACAUGUCUCUGUUGCAGGCUUAUACCCUCUUGUGGGAUGGAAAAUAGGACCAGAAGUUGUAUAUCUUGCAGAGGGAUACUCCUCGGGUACCGCGACUAGUAUCGAAUGGGCCAAACAAAUGGGCUUCUUCACAGAUGUGGCAUCGACAAGUAACAUGGCAUUCUCAGUUGAAAGUUCUGAUGGUUUGUGCUUUGUUCCUGCUUUUCAUGGCUUACAGGCACCUGUUAAUGACAAUAAGGCGUGUACAUCACUCAUGGGAAUCAAGGCAUCCACAACCAAGGCACACAUUGUGCGAGCUAUUCUAGAGUCUGUAGCUUUCAGAUUUGUCCAAUUGUAUGACACCGUAGUGGAGGAAACACAAGUACCCAUCAUGUCUUCUAUCAAGACAGAUGGAGGAGUGUGCAAUAACGACUUCGUGAUGGAGCUGACAAGUAGUCUUACAGGGCAGAGUAUGGACCGGCCCUCGCAAACCGACAUGUCUGUCCUCGGGGCUGCAUUCCUGGCAGGAAUGGCUACAGGUGUUUGGAAAUCCAGAGAGGAACUAAGGGCAAUCCGCUGUACGCAUGCUCUCUUUCAACCCAAGUCCUCCAUCCGCACCAAGUACGCCAAGAGCUAUGAACAAUGGAAAGAAGCGGUGCACCGUAGUAAAAGCUGGUAUCCUUGACUACGGCACUAUCCACACUAAAAUCUGCAAGCAAUGGGAAGAGACAAGUGCACCGUAGUAUAAGCUGGUAUCCUUGACUACGGCACUAUCCCUACCAAAAGCUAACUUAGCAACACUUAGUCCCUUUUGCAGUCACGCAACGCUCACCGCCUCAUAGUUCAGAGCGACUCCAUAGAAAAAGGAAUGAAGCAGCCAUUUGUGGCGAGAAGCGAGCGGCUACAAUGAGUAACACUGGCCCUGUUUGCGUACCUUAUUGGAAAGAUGCUUGAGGAUGCAGCGCGGAAAGGAAAGAACUGCGAUGGAAAAAAACCUCUUAGCACCCACAAGACUGCUGGUUCCCGGAGGACCCGCAAAAAUCACUCGAACUAGGCCUCGAAAAAAAAAAAGACUAGAGAUACAUUCGCACAUACGCACAAAAAUCAACAACUCCAUGCUAAGGUACAAAUCGAACUUUACUUAAACCGUAGAGGUGGACGGCCAAUAGAGCAAUGAUGGCCGGUGGUGUUUCUGUUUCACAGGUUCAAUCACAAUUCUAAUUCGUUGUUCCCCCUUUUUUACGACAUCGAAUUACUCUAGCAUGUAGGUAAAGGAAAUUCCUUUAUCUCAUAUGCUGACGAUUUUAAUAAUUCUGGACGACGUUUUUUAUGAUAAACAAUAAAUUGUAAUUUAUUAGGGUCCAAAAAAUAUUUAACUUUUUUGAAAAAACUGGUGGUGGUUUAUCUAUUGAGUUAGUCAAUACGAACCACUUUAUUGUGUGUUUUUAAUAAACAUAUAACGAAAAUA